UUUUAGUAAUCAAAAAUGAAGGCAUUUGUACUCUUAUUGGCAUCCCUUUUGGGGGUUUGCACUGGCUUCUCUGUACCCCAGACUGCUGUCCACCCAAGGGAUCUAAAGGUCGAACAUCGCGGCAUCGAGGGUCGUAUCACCAAUGGAAACGAGGCGACCGAGGGGCAGGUUCCCUAUAUCGUGGGAGUCAGCUUAAACAGCAAUGGAAACUGGUGGUGGUGUGGAGGAUCCAUCAUUGGCCACACUUGGGUACUGACUGCCGCUCACUGUACCGCUGGUGCCGACGAGGCUUCACUGUACUACGGUGCCAUUAACUACAACGAGCCCGCCUUCCGCCACACAGUCAGCAGCGAGAACUUCAUCAGAUAUCCUGGCUACGUUGGUCUCGAUCACGAUUUGGCUCUGAUCAGGACACCUCACGUGGAUUUCUACAGUCUGGUCAACAAAAUCGAACUGCCCAGUCUAAAUGAUCGUUACAAUUCCUAUGAAAACAACUGGGCUCAAGCUUCUGGCUGGGGUGCUAUCUACGAUGGCAGCAAUGUCGUGGAGGAUCUGCGAGUUGUAGAGGUUCGCGUGAUUUCUGUAUCGGACUGCCAGGGAUAUUACGGAACUGAAACUGCCACCGAAAACGUCAUCUGCGUGGAUACUCCGGACGGCAAGUCCACGUGCCAGGGAGAUUCCGGCGGUCCUCUGGUUACCAAGGAAGGUGAUAAGCUGAUCGGAGUCACUUCAUUUGGAUCCAUUUACGGCUGCCAGUCAGGAGCCCCCGCAGGAUUCACUCGAGUUACCAAUUACUUGGAAUGGAUCAAGGAGGAGACUGGCAUUUACUAUUAGGUGGUGUCCUUAAUUCUAUUUCGAUGAAUAAAUUUCAAAAUUUUUUAUUUGCAAUAAAAACAUA